AUGGAAUCACAUGAGAAGAUCGGCAAGAUCGCGGCUGAACCCCGGGAUCUUGUCGACGUUAACUUGGAAUUGGAAAAUACAAAAAGUAAUGGCGUCAAACCGAAGACGAGGCAGCUCAAAGAUUUGGAUGACCUGUUCCCAUAUAUCGGUGACUUCGGCUGGUACCAACGCAUGUUGUUCUUUCUCAUGAUACCCUAUGCUUUCUUCUUUGCGUUUGUUUACUUCUCCCAAAUCUUCAUGACAGUUGUGCCAGCUGAACACUGGUGUUUCGUUCAAGAGUUAGAGCAUUUGAGUGUUGAAGAACGCCGUCACCUUUCAAUCCCUCUGAAGGAAAAUCAAUAUGAAAAGUGUGUAGUGUAUGAUGUAGACUGGACGAGAGUUCUCGCGAGUGGAGACAUCACACCGAACACAACAUGGCCUACGAAGAAAUGUCAAGGAAAAUGGGAGUUUAACUUCACUGACGUACCUUAUGAAACUAUUGCUACACAGCUUGGAUGGGUGUGCGAUAAAGAUGAAUAUCCGGCUACAACACAAGCGGUUUUCUUCUGUGGAUCUAUUUUGGGAGGACUGAUUUUCGGUUGGAUUGCUGAUAAAUUUGGAAGAAUACCAGCUAUUGUUGGGACAAACAUGGCCGGUUUCGUUGCUGGACUUGGUACAGCGUUCAGCAAUAGCUUUUGGUCGUUCUGCUUAUGCCGUUUCUUUGCGGGACUUGCCUAUGACAACUGCUUUAUCAUCAUGUACAUUGUUGUCGUAGAAUACGUCGGUCCGAAAUGGCGUACGUUCGUGGCGAAUAUGUCCAUUGCGGUGUACUUUACAUUCUCCGCUUGUCUUCUUCCCUGGAUCGCCCUGGGGGUUGCAGAUUGGAGGAUCUAUACACUGAUCACGAGUGUUCCCCUGGUGUUGUCAAUAUUCACGCCGUGUUUGGUCCCAGAAAGUGCAAGAUGGCUGAUAUCUCAAGGCCGCAUUGAUGAAGCUUUGACGAUCUUAAAAAAAUUUGAACGAUUUAAUAGAAAGAAGAUUCCGGAUGAGAUUGUUCAGGAAUUCAAAGAAACCGCAAGAGAAAUAGCGAAAGCCGAACAAGAAAUAAAGAACUACUCCGUCAUCGAUCUCUUCAAGACCCCACGAUUGCGUUGUCAUAGCCUUCUCCUGGUGGUAUUUUGGAUGUGCAUAGCCAUGGUCUUCGAUGGGCACGUGAGGAAUGUCGGCUCCCUGGGUCUAGAUAUCUUCUUAACGUUCACAGUGGCAACGGCUACUGAAUUUCCUGCUGAUGUCUUGCUGAUUUUGAUUUUGGAUAUCCUUGGAAGACGUUGGCUCGCCUUUGCAUCACUAGUCCUAAGUGGACUGUUCAGCUUUCUUGCAACUGCUGUGCCGCUUGGCCUCCCCUCUGCCUCGCUGGCCAUCAUCGGUCGUUUCUCCGUGAACAUAUCCUACAACAUCGGGAUGCAGUACGCCGCUGAACUGCUCCCCACCGUGGUGAGAGCUCAAGGUCUGGCGCUGAUACAUAUCAUGGGCUACGUGGCUACUAUACUCGUCCCGUAUAUCGUGUAUUUGGCAACAAUAUCCUCAAUCAUCCCCCUACUAAUAUUGGGCGCCAUCGGUAUAUUCGGAGGUUGUCUAUGCCUCUUCUUGCCAGAAUCGAUGGGGAAGGACAUGCCACAGACAAUACAGGACGGAGAACAGUAUGGACUUGAUCAACGUUUCUGGGACUUUCCCUUUUGCAAGCGAAAAGCCAGUGACACCAACGGCGAAGCGUGAAACAAAACUCUGUUUAACCAUAUUAUUGUUUAAUUCCUUAAGUUUUUUUUUUUUUGUAAUGCAUAUUAAAUUAUAAAAAGAAUUUCCAUA